UCGUGUGGGCGGAGCUCUCCCUGAGCCGGGCAGUCCGCGGCUUUUCCGGGUCACUACUCGAACUUCUAACCCCGGCGGAGGUCGCGCCAUCGAGGAGGAGAAGCCGAAGAAGACUCCAGAUGGGGGUCGGGGCGUCCGGGCUGACGUCGACCCUGCACAUCGUCAUGCUGGGUCUGGACUCGGCGGGCAAGACGACGGUGCUGUACCGGCUCAAGCUCAACGAGUUCGUCAACACGGUGCCCACCAUCGGCUUCAACGCCGAGAAGGUGCGCCUGCACGGCGGCGUCGCCUUCCACGUGUGGGACGUGGGCGGCCAGGAGAAGCUGCGGCCGCUCUGGAGGUCGUACAGCCGGGCCGCCGACGGGCUCGUCUACGUCGUGGACUCCGUGGACGCCGAGCGGCUGGAGGAGGCGCGCACCGAGCUGCACAAGGUGACGCGACUGGCCGAGAACCGCGGCGCCCCGCUGCUCGUCAUCGCCAACAAGCAGGACCUGCCGCGCUCGCUGACGGUGGAGGCCAUCGAGCGGGGCCUGGGCCUCGGGGAGCUGGCGCCCGCCACCCGCUACCACGUGCAGCCCGCCUGCGCCAUCAUCGGCGAGGGGCUCCGCGAGGGCAUGGACAAACUCACGCGCAUGAUACACGACCGGCGAAAAAGCCUCGCCGGCGGCAAGCGGCAACGGCACAACGUCAGGUGACCAGAGGGGGAGCCUGGUGGUGCUGAUGUGGUUGCUGUGAUGAGACAAGUGACAGGAGGAGUGGGAGGGGCUUGGGCGUUGUGAAGUCAUCACUGUGUUGACGUAUGCAGUAGAGACACAAUUACAUUCACGCACCCUUACUUUCAGACUCAUGCAUUUAUAAACACACACAUGUUAACAAAUACAUGCGUGGAUUAUGUACACAUUUACAAACAUGUACGCACGUAAGUAGGUAAAUAAACACAGUCGCUCACUCACACAGAUGCACAUAAACGCACACAUUCACAUGGACUGUUACACACGCACAAUGCAUACAAACCCUGUCUUAAAUAUUCACACACAUAUUGAGGGUGGAGAGUACUGUAGACUUUGAAGGAGGGUGAUGUCAUCCCGGUGAAGAUCAGGAAGCGAAACAGAAACAGGCGGGCCUGUUCAUGGUCGACUUCCUUAUAUGGACUUCCUUAUCUGCACAUGCUAACCAGCACAUGGUGUGGACUAAAGUUUUUGGAGAGUAUUAAACAUUUCAAAGUCACAUUUGGGUGUUUAUUUGUCGUCACGUGCAAAGGGUACACCGGCUGACCUCCACUUCAUAAAAGACACAUUUUGUCUCUAGUAGUUGGAGCUGCGCUAGUAUUAUUUGGAUUCAGAAGCCAUUUUGGCCACGUUGAUCUUUUCAAUUUGUCGUUCACAUUCCAAAAACAUAUGCAACUUUUGAUGUGGAUGGAAUGGGUCCGUGACGCGUGUGCACGGACACAAGACGUGGCCUCUCGCGUGGGUCUCAUUUGGAGGACCUAGGACGCGUUUGUGGCUGUUACCCGGUUUUCCAUUCGUCACCAUCUCGUCAUGUGCGUGCGUGUUUAACAAAAGGCUGAUGAAUGUGGCGCCGUGCUGCCAGUUUAGAGUCUGAGGGUAAAAACGUGUGGACACCCAACAAAGCGUUACACUCACGCACACACCGACACACAUACUUUUAAAGGGUGACUUGCAAAGGUGGAAAAGGAAGUAUGGAAUUGGAGGAAAGAUGAUAACAGUAAAGCAAAAGUUGUUUCUGCCAAGAAAAAGAUUGUUGGGGGAAAAAAGUACAUUUUUGUGUUAGUUUCUAGCCCUUAGAAUGUUGUACUAUUUUUAUUCCUCUGGGUUGGAGUCUUCCCCCUAAGUGUGAGUUCUCCCUGGAGUGGAGUUUUUGAGUUUAAAAAAAAAUGAUUUAAUCAUUUUUUUCUAAGAGAGAAAAUACUGUUUUUCAAAAAGCCUUUACAAUUUUUAUCGUUUUUAUUUGUGAGAAAAAAUGAUUCUGAGUUUGACUUUAAAAUAGUAUUAUAGUGAUAUUUUUUACAAAAUAAAAAAGAAAUGUGUAUACAUUUGAAAUAACAUUUUCAGCAUGGGGUGUGGAGAAAACUUUUGCUGAAAUAUAUUUAAUUUUUCAGACUUCAUAUAAAAAAUCACCUUUCCCAAUAUUUCAACUGCAUUAAUUUUAUUUUUUUAUUUAUUAACAUAUUCUUAGAGUUGGAUUUUUGUGAGACAGUUUUAUUUUCUGUAUGAAAUAAACA